AUGUACAACCUACAGCAAAGAGCUAAUAAUGUUUUCUCGUUUGCUAUAACCGUAGGCGGUGUGGUGUUGGCAGUUAUUGCUAUUAUCUCGGCUAUAACAGGUUAUGAAUCAGCUAAUCACCGACUACUAAAAGUAGAUGCUGCCAAUCUUAAAGUAGUCACUCGUCGAUACGGGCCUGACGAUACAGAUUAUCGUAGCAGUAAAAGUGAAUUUGCCCGACUGUCGUUUGAUAUUGACGCAGACUUCACACCUGUCUUCAACUGGAAUACGAAGCAAAUCUUUGUGACAGUAGUUGCAGAAUACGAGAAAAAGAAUUUUGGUCGGAACCAUGUUGUUUUAUGGGAUAAAAUCAUUACUAGUAAAGAUAAAGCUCAUUUGAAGCUACGUAACGUCCGUAACAAGUAUGCUAUGAUCGAUAUUAGUCAACAAUGGAAUCUUAUGCUGAUUACUGAUUUUAGUUAUGAGAACGCAAACCUGACACUCCUUUGGGAUAUUACACCAUAUGUUGGCGUAUUGCAAUCAGGGCAAUCCAAUAUAGGUGCAAAAUUGGUUCUACCAUCUGCUUCUAUAAAAAAAUAG